AUGGUCCAUAGAGAUUUGAAGCUGGGAAAUAUAUUUGUAAAGAAAACCAGAAACGUAUCUGAAACUAUUUCAAUUGUUGUUGGUGAUUGGGGAUCUUCAAGAUAUGAAGGAAGAGUUGGAAUGACUGCAUUCGAAGGGACGAUUCAAUAUUCAUCUCCAGAAAGUAUUUUGGAUGGAUUGUUUUAUCCUCAGAGUGAUAUUUGGAGUUUAGGAUGUAUAUUCUAUCAAUUAUUAACAAAUGAUUUCAAUACUUCUUUAUUCAAAUUGAAAGGAACAGAUAUCGGACACGCUUAUCAAACACCAAAUGGAUGA